UGGCAUGUCGUAUCAACACCAACAGAGCGACGAGAUAUUUUGAGUUGAAAUUGGGAUUAUUCAUUUGAAUUACGCCAGUUCUUGAUAGAGAAAAUAUAUUUUUUGGUUGAGCAUCAACUAUAUUGAACAAGUAUUAUAAUGGUGGCAAUAUUUAUCAAAAGGCAUAAGAGUAUGAUACGCGUUAGUAUAUUUUUCUUUUGUAUUGGUUGUGGAAUAGCAUUGUGUUUUUUGAGGAUUGACUGUGCUAAUGCUGUGAAUACUGUAACGCCAGUGUCUGCACGGCAAGGUGCGACUAGUGGUAUAGAGUACGCGGUGCUUGUUUUAACCAGCCCUUUGAACGAGGAACGGCGCAAUGUUAUUCGUACCACCUGGGCAAGCUUUGUGUCCAAUAUAUUUGUCGAAAAUGGAGAGAGAUUAUACAAGUGGAACCACAGUUGGACUGAAAAGCGGAGCAACCAUGAUUUCAUCAAAGUGUACUUUGUAGUUGGCAUUAAAGGAUUAAGCACUGAAAAGUUAAACAUUUUAAAAGCAGAAAGUGCCAGAAGUAAUGAUAUGGUUUUGUUGGAUAACCUGACUGACAAAUAUGAAAAUUUGGCUAUGAAAAUGAAACUAUCUUUUCUAUGGUUCCAUGAGAAUGUAAAGAAUCUAAAGUAUAUUAUUAAAUGUGAUGAUGACUCCUUUGUUAGAGUGGACCUAAUUGUAAAAGAUUUGGAAGCUUUUGCUCCUCAGAUGAAUUCAUAUACUCUCAAAACAUAUGUCUCCAGCCAAGUCAAGCCAAGUAUGACCCAAUAUUGCGGCCUAUAUUGGGGAUAUUUCAAUGGGCAUGCUCGUGUCCAAGUGAAAGGCAAAUGGCAGGAACAAGACUGGUUCUUGUGUGACAACUAUCUGCCAUAUGCACUUGGGGGCGGUUAUGUUGUUUCUCGCAACAUCAUAGACUUUAUUGCCAUAAACACAGACUUUCUAAGUUCAUAUCGAUCAGAAGAUAUAUCAAUGGGAGUUUGGACAGCGCCGUUGGAUGGAAUCAACAGAGUUCAUGAUGUUAGAUUUGACACCGAAUGGAUUUCACGAGGAUGCCUAAAUCAUAUGUUAGUAAGACAUAAACAGACUACUCAAGAUAUGUUUCAGAUGUACAAAGCUUUGGUGGACUCAAAAGGAGAAAACCUGUGCAAAACUGAAACUGUAGAAAGAGGCGCCUAUGAAUAUAAGUGGAACUCACGCCCUAGUCAAUGUUGUAAUUCACUUCAUCAUUUGUUUAACAGGAAUAAAGAAAAUAUUCCUGGCAACAUGAAAACGUGAAGGAUCAACUAGUCAAAUAUUUCUUAGCAUUAAGUUCCAGAUUCUGAAGAUUCAAAAAGUCUGAACAAAGGUAU